AUGGAGGGGAAAAGGGGCACCCCCCAAAGAGCAGACCGCUUGCCAAUCGCCCUCCGCGCCGAGAGCCCACGGGGAGAAGUUGGCCACGAUCCCUUUGGGGGUUUCCUUUCGCUCAGCGCCCGCGUCGCCCUCGCUGUAACCGGGAACCCGCGACCCAUUUCCAGCGGCGGAAGCGGGUGUCGGCGCGGCCCUUUCUCCGGAGCCGCGCGGGUUUCGUGCAGGGAGGCAUCUCCCCCCCCCCGCACCCCGCUAAUCUGGAGUGACCAGCCUGAGCGAGCGAGAGAGAGAGAGAGACUGAGACUUAAAAAAAACCGUCUCCACGAGAGCCGAGCGCGGCCGCCGGCUGUUAUCUGCGCCGAGGCUGCAGGAAUCGAUGGGCUAUUUUUGCGCGGCGGAGAUCGCAGGCCGCGGCCCGGCGCGCAGCCAGAGCAAGGAUCGGUGCAUGGACGGGAGCUGCGGGGCUCCGGGCUUCCCUGCCCGCAGAGGGUUUCGCAAAGGGCCGUAGGCUUAGUCUUGAAGAAAGAAAACACCUCCUGUCCUGAAUUUGAGGGCUCCGGCUGCAGCGAGGAGGGCGCGAGCCUGCCUACGCCCUGCGCCCCCCGCCUCGGGGGCCCCACACCCCGCCGACGCCUCGCCCGUCUCCACCGCGCGCCGGCCGCGAGCGCUGACCUCCGGGUUUCGGUGGACACGGCCCCUGCUCCAGCAGCUCCCGCGGCGGCCGGAGUCCCGGCCCGGGCGUCUCCUGGGAGCCGGCCCCGAGGCUCGCCGCGUCCGGACCGCGCACGCACACAGCUCGGCGGGACCUGCCGUCCGUGACCCCUGGAUUUGGGUGUCCGCUGCCGCGACAGCCCUUCGCCCGCGCGCGCUGCUGUCGC